UGUUUCUCUCCCCUAUCUCAACAAUAUCUAACACAAUUCUACAAGCAGAAAGAAAGAUUAUGUGAUCUAAAAUGCCUGCUAGCAUACAGUGUUUGAAGUGAUCUGAUAACGUAAUCAUACAGACUUAUCCACCAUGGAUCACGAUUAUGAAAGUCAUGGAAUUGUAGAAUAUAUAAUUAGAAAGAACUCUUCUACACAGACUGACUUUACCCUUGUUGACAUCAGUAAUCUGGAACAAAGGAGCAAACAACUUGAUAAUAUGCAUGUCUUAUUGAAGGAGUGGAUCAGUAAAAGGCUUACAUUAUUGGAUGAACCUACCUCACAACUAUUUAGGGAACUUGUCAGUGAUUUGUUUGAACCAAGAAACAAUGACAGCUUAAUGAGGGAAAACACUAUAGCAGAAACUAUCUAUACCAGUACAGUGGAACACAGCAAACACGUAUCUAAACUCACAGAUAGAAAACUGUGUGGAACACAAAUUAACAUGACAGAAAUAGAUUACAAACACCUGCAGUUAGAGAAAACUACUACAAAGGAAUCUAGAACAGACCAAUCAUGUCAAUUGGAUGAUGAAAAUGAACCACUACAUAUGGAAUGCUUCACUGUUGGGGGAGAUGAAGAUAUAGAUCAAGAAAAGGAUUUAAACCAAAGAACAAAAACUCAUUUAGAAGAGAUUUAUCAACAUGACCAUGGCUUUGAUAUGGAGUGUACCAAGAUAAAAACGGAAUCUUUCCACAAUUUUACAAUUGGAAAUGAAGAAAAUGAGGAUCGAGGCUCAAGGAUAAAUAACGCUUUGGGUACUCAUGAUUUUGAAAAAAGGAAAGAAAAUACAUUUUUUCCCAAUAUCUUAAAUCAUCAAAAACAGUAUUGUCGGUGCAAUAUGUGUGGAGAUUCGUUUUCUGCUAUAAGUGCAUUAGCAUACCAUGUGAGAAUGCAUCAUGGUAAAAUGAUAAAACCUUGGGAAAAACAAACAUUAAGUAUAACUAAUGAUCUGAACAAGUCUUUAGAAAGAAGUACAAAUGAGAAUGUGGAGAGACACACGAAUAAAGACAGUGGUCAAAACUUCUUUCCGACAAAGAAUGAUGAAAAACUUGAUUUGAAUUCUGAACCACUACAGAGUAAUAUUCAACAUACAAGAGGCCCAGUAAGGCCAAUUAUGCAAUCAGCUAUAAUGACAAUUCAAAGUGUCAGAGAUUUUCCUGAAAAUCCAAAUACAUGUAGUUUACUGAACAAAAACCCAAAUACAUGUAGUUUACUGAACAAAAACCCAAAUACAUGUAGUUUACUGAACAAAAACCCAAAUAAAUGUAGUUUACUGAACAAGAACCCAAAUACAUGUAGUUUACUGAACAAAAACCCAUAUACAUGUAGUUUACUGAACAAAAACCCAUAUACAUGUACUUUACUGAACAAGAAUCCAAGUACAUGUAGUUUACUGAACAAAAACCCAUAUACAUGUAGUUUACUGAACAAGAAGGUGGACAACAAGUGUGAAAAUUAUACAGAAAAUGAAAACACAGAUGUCGGUCUUGAAGUAUUACGUAUAAACAAAUCAAUAUUUCCAGAAAAUUUGAAGCUUCAUAGUUAUUUUAAACCAGGUGUACCUGAAAUAGAGUUAGAACCAGGACCAGUGUUCAAAACAGAACCCAUGUUUGAACCAGAACCAGUGUUCGAACCAGACCCACCUCUAAAGAAACCAAGGUUGAAAGAUAUGUCAAGCGGAGAGCACAUGUACAUGUUGGAUCAAGCUAGAGUGGUAGAGACAAUUAAGCAACAAACUGAUGGGGGAGUGUGCCUUUUCAGAGGUGUACCUGAACCAGAACAAGCGCUAGAAUUAGAACCAGUGUUAGAACCAGAACCAGUGUUAAAACCAGAACUAGUGUUCAAAACAGAACCAGUGUUUGAACCAGAACCAGUGUUUGAACCAGACCCACCUCUAAAGAAACCAAGGUUGAAAGAUAUGUCAAGCGGAGAGCACAUGUACAUGUUGGAUCAAGCUAGAGUGGAAGAGACAAUUAAGCAACAAACUGAUGGGGGAGUGCGCCUUUUCAGAGGUGUACCUGAACCAGAACAAGCGCUAGAAUUAGAACCAGUGUUAGAACCAGAACCAGUGUUAAAACCAGAACUAGUGUUCAAAACAGAACCAGUGUUUGAACCAGAACUAGUGUUUGAACCAGAACCCGUGUUCAAAACAGAACCUGUGUUUGAACCAGAACCAGUGUUUGAACCAGAACCAGUGUUUGAACCAGAACCAGUGUUUGAAUCAGAACCAGUGUUAAAACCAGAACUAGUGUUAAAAACAGAACCAGUGUUUGAACCAGAACCAGUGUUAGAAACAGAACCAGUGUUAGAAACAGAACCAGUGUUAGAACCAGAACCAGUGUUUGAACCAGAACCACCCCUAAAGAAACCAAGGUUCAAAGAAAUGCCAAGCAGAGAGCACAUAGAUAUGUUGGCUCAAGCUAGAGUGGAAGAGACAACUAAACAACAAACUGAUUGGGGAGUGCGUCUUUUCAGAGGAUGGUUGACAGAAAACAGUUAUGAUGAUAAGUUUGAGGAACUUGAAAGCUCUAUAUUGAACGACAGAUUAAGCUAUUUCUACCCAAGCCUGCAAACAAAAAAAGGGAAAGAUUAUUCAAAAUCUGCAUUAGUUGGCAUACGUGCAGCAAUAGCCCGUCAUCUCACAAGUCCACCAUAUAAUUGUAAUGUUAAUAUAAUGAAAGAUAACGCCUUCAUGACUUCUAAUCAUGUUAUAACCGGAAUGAUUAAAACCCUCAAACGUACUGGCAAAGAUUUUAUAAUGCAUAAAAAACCUGUAACUGAAGAUGACAUUCAGCGUUUGUAUUCAAGUGGUGUUUUUAACAUAGAUACACCAGUAACACUACAAAAUAAAGUUUUCUGGGACUUAAUGCUAAAUUUUGGUAGACGAGGACAGGAUGGACUAAGUAGCUUGACAAAGUCAUCUUUUGGUAAAUUCAAAGAUGACAAGGGUCAAACUUACUACAAAAUGAUAUAUAACGAGGCAGAUAAAACUCACCAUGGAGUUGAUUCCCAUGAAAAUAGACACCAGGUCCGUAUGUAUGAAAAAUCAGAAGAUAAAAACUGUCCUGUUGCAAGUCUGGACUUUUAUUUAUCAAAAUUGAGUCCUGAAUGUGAUGCAUUAUUUCAGCAGCCAUUGCUUUAUCCAAAACCAAAUUGCUGGUAUUCUAAUCCAGCAAUGGGGAAAAACAAAUUGAGUCAAAUGAUGCCAAGGAUUUCAAAAGAAGCAGGUCUUUCCUAUAGAUACACCAACCAUUGUAUAAACAGCAACCGUUGGUACUACGCUGCAACGCACCAGAGUCGAUGAUAUAACUAUCAUGUCAGUAUAUUAAACGGGUCAUAGAAACAUUAAAUCAUAAUAAAGUUAUGUUGGUGGACCAUCAGAUGCACAAAGGCAUGUCCUUUCAUCAACUUUACAGAGUGUAGCUAGGGCAAGUAAUGCCAAUUGCAAUGAAUCCGUGUCAGAGGGCGCCCUCCUGCUGAGUCGCUAAUAUAAGUACUACUUGUCUAGGAAUUCUCUAGCAGAUAUGAAUCUAUUCACCAAUGCUACAAUUUCUGACUGCAGGUUUACUAUUAAUUUAGUGAAUAAUGACAUACCUGAUUCCCCUUGUGUUCUCGUUUCAUGUUUGUUUGUGUUCAGACUAUAAUCAAAUAUUAAACCUGAAAAUAUUGAA